AUGACUAGUCUCCUCCUUUGGUUGAGCUUCCUGGUCCUUUCCCUUCUGGAACCCAAGUCUUCUGCUGAAGAUGAGACUGUGGUAGUCACCGGCAGUGGCCCUGUCCGGGGAAAGCAUCUCCCAGCUGGCUCAAGAAACAUCACAGCCUAUCUGGGCAUCCCCUAUGCAGAACCCCCUGUGGGGAAAUUGCGUUUCCAGAAGCCUGUUCCCCAUACGCCAUGGAGCCACAUCCUGGAAGCCACCAACUUUGGCAAUUCAUGCCCCCAAGUAGUUAUUUCGGGCACUCCUGAUGCCACCAUAUUCAAUGCCAACACUCCCCAUUCGGAGGACUGUCUCUUCCUCAAUGUCUGGGUGCCCCAUCCCCUGCCCUCCACACCAGCUGCUGUCCUUGUCUGGAUCCAUGGUGGUGGGUUUUUUGUUGGCACAGCUUCCUUGGUCAUAUAUGAUGGGGCAUUCUUAGCUGCGACCGAGAAUGUUGUUGUGGUCUCUAUGAAUUACCGCCUGGGAUCUCUAGGCUUCUUUUCAUUGCCACCAGCUGCCCCAGCAAAUGUGGGCUUGUUUGACCAGCAGUUGGCCCUAAAAUGGGUGAAGGAGAAUGCAGCUGCUUUCAAAGGAGACCCUACUCGGAUAACCAUUUUUGGCGAAAGUACUGGAGGAGUGUCUGUCAGCUAUCACCUCCUCUCACCAGGGAGUCAGUCUCUAUUUGACCGUGCUGUGGUGCAGAGUGGAACGGCCAUUGCACCCUGGGCCUGGGUGAGUCCUGAGGAGGCAAAGAGGAGAGCCUUGGCCCUCGCCAAGCUUAUGGGAUGUACAGAAGGUGAGGACGGUGCCAUAGUAAGUUGCUUGCAGCAAAAGAAAGCGGAAGAAUUUCCAAUACCCACUUUGCUUGUUGUGGAUCCCAAGACCGUUCUGAACCUUCCAUUCGUACCAACAACAGAUGGAGAUUUUCUUCCUGAUGACCCUCAGAAACUUGUGGAGUCCAGGUGCUUUCAGUCUAAGCCCAUUAUGAUUGGUACCACCUCUGACGAAGGGUCCGUCUUUAUCUACUAUGCUGCUCCUUACUUACAUACAUCUAACGAAAGUCUUUUGACCUGGGAACAGCUCUUGUUGGGGUUGAACAUAAGUAUACGCAAUGCAACACAAGACUUCAUCCAGUCCAUUGCUCUGAAGUACACCGAAGCAGAACCAGAGGGCCCAGCACGCUAUCGUUCUGCCUUGUCCCAGGCCUGGGGUGAUUACCUCUUUGUAUGUCCAGCAAACAAAAUCGCCGCAGAGACGGCAAAAACUGGAAGCCCUGUCUAUGCUUACACUUUCACCCAUCGCAGCAUUGGCUCCGCCUGGCCUGAAUGGAUGGGGUCAAACCAUGGAUCUGAACUCCCAUACCUUUUUGGAACUCUGACCUUAUUACCGGGAACCAAUGUAACUCACACAGAGGCAGAGUUAAAGCUAAUCCCCCGAGUGAUGCGAUACUGGGCGGAGUUUGCCAGAAACGGCAAUCCCACCCCUUCAGAUGUCGGGGAGAAAAAAUGGCCACUCUACAGCCCUGCAAAGCAGAACUUCUUUCGCAUCAGCACAGAGCCGCCUCAAGUCGUGAACCCCUCACCUGCUCGGCACUGCUGUUUCUGGAGGGCACCCUUAUCAGAGGCAUCAAGGCCAAAUUCUGUUCCAGCCAGUCCAGAAGGCGAUGAGAAGCCAGAAAUGUGA